AUGCCCGUCAUAACAUGCUCAGACAAGGUACUGAAAGUGGAAGCAUCAUUGCUACCUAUGCAUCUUCAAUACAGUGGGCCUGCAAACACUUCUGAUUACUUUACUCUAUCAAAGACAACUGAAACCCAAAACGAUGGAUCUGAGAUUAAAACAGCAUAUUUUAGAGGGUGCAGAUUAGUCGCCAAAGAGGUUAAUUUGAAAGAUAGCAAUGUUGAAGGAUACAUAAUAAACAAAAAUGAGGUGUUGCAGAGGAAAUUGAAUGAAGAAGAUGGCACUGAAGAGGUCAAAACUGUCAAAAACUAUUCUGCAGCGGCAUCGUUUGACAAGUUGACUUUAAAAGCAAUGAACGAUCUUUUCAUUGCAAGCGACGAAGACAGUGAUGACAAUGCCCCCCCUCUUAAAAAAGUAAAGGGUAUAGGGUAUAAUGACAGCUCUGACCUUGAUUCAGACUCUGAUUUUGAAGAUAUACCCUUGCAGCCAAUCAACCCGCAAUUGCCAAGCCAAGAUGGAACAAGUGAAUUCAGCAUCGCAAUCCAGUCAGUGGAUGACAAACAAAGGGAAAAGCUAAAGCUUCUGAUUAAGGAUAAACAACGAAGAACCAGCUCACAAUACCUAAGUGUUCUUGCUUACACCUUACACGCCUGGCAAAGAAACAAGUUACUUUCAGAUAGAAAGGUUUUAAAGACGUUGAAGAAACUCUUGCCAGAUCUGUUUAUGAAACAAUUUCGAAAGUUCAAAAAGAAUUCCUCUGACGAGCAUUUGGUUUAUAUCAUCAAGUACUUGAUAAAAUGGUUCCGGAAGAAUUUCAAGCACGACUCAAAUGGGCUAAGAGUGCUUGGGUACUUGCCAAGAAAUGCCAAACGAGAUGAUUACUUCCCGAAUAAUUCAAAACCAAUAUCUACUGUAAAGGACUUGCUUCUGGUGAUAAAAAAGUUUCAGCAUAACCGGGACGUGGGGGCGCAAAUCUUUACAUCGUUGCUCAGGAGUUUGGGAUUUGAAGCCAGGCUUGUCUUUUCGUUGCCUGUCUUGAGUACUAAGAAACUGGCCAAGCUCCAACCAAAGUUGAAUAAGAGCAUACUUGGUGCUAAUAAAGAUAAUGAUUUGCUUUAUCCGUAUUUUUGGACCGAGUUGGUUAACCCCAUUGAUCCGUCAGAAAUAUUUGUCAUUGAAACACAAUGCUUCUUGGAAGAAGAGAAGCAAUUGAAGAGAUUGAAAAGAUUUCUGCCUAAGAGAUCCUCCACUGGUGCCUUUUUUCCGGUUCAGAACCAAUUAUGCCAGAUGUCUAUGCAUUACGUUCUUAGUUUUUCCAAUGCAAACCUUAUUAUUGAAGUUAGUUCUAGGUACAUGAGAGAUAUUUCAUACAGAUGGUUCAACAGGCUCGAUUUGAGAACUGAAUCUGGCCGAGCUGCCUUAUUACUUCACUCGGUUAUUCGAAUUUUAAACUCUGACAAACAGUAUACGGUGGAGGCCAAUAGGGAAUUGGACAAUCUACGAGCUAUUGCCAUGCGUAAUUACACUAUCCCAAAAACGCUUUCGGCAAUGAAGAAAAGUCCCAAUUUCACAACACAGUCCACAUUACGAUACAAUGAAAUUAUUGACUCUAGUGCCGUACCAAUUGCGAACAAAUUGAAUGGCGAGCAUUGCCGUGUAUACUUUAAAAACUGCCUCAUUGUUGGGAAAUCCGAACAGCAAUGGAAAUUUUGUGGAAGGUCGAUAAAACCAGAUGAAAUUGACAAGCCGAUAAAAACAGUCAAGGCUAAUCCAAGAACUAUACAUCGGAAGAGGAUAUUUAAUUUGAAUCACUUGAGUGACCCCGAGUUGAAUACCCUAGCGUUGUACUCGUUUUCCCAAACUUGUCCAUAUAUCAAACCAAAGGUUGAGAAUGGCGUCUUGCCAAGAAACAAGUACGGCAAUAUUGAGAUUUUUAGACCCAACAUGGUUCCUGGUGAUUGUUUGUGGCUUAAAAUAUCGGGGGUGGAAGUGGCGCUUCUGAAAAGCAGAGUCAAUUACGUACCUGUAGUUGUCGGAUUUUCGUUCAAGAGCGGCUCGGCAUACCCUUUGAAGAAUGGAGUGAUUGUUUUGAAAGAGGAUGAAGUUGCCGCUAAAAAGAUUUGGCUUUCAUACAAGGGUUCAGCAAAAUUUGAAUGA